AUGUCCGCCCUAAUGCACAGCGGUGCCAGUCGCGCCCACGAAGAUGAUGCGACGACCGCCCCCGCGAAACACAAUGACAACCACCAGCACGCCGCUGCGGCUGCGGGGUUCGAGAAUGCCACCACGCUGGCCGAGGUGCGCGCGGCCCUCGAUGCCCUGCACGCCCGUGAGUCGGGCAUCACCCGACGCCUCGACGCCCUGAUGGCCUCGCAGACGGACCUCUCGCGCGACCUUGGCCGGCUGGACAUGCUGCGCGCGGGGCUCGGGUCCCAGGUCAUCGCCACGCGCUCCAUUGGCAACGACAUGCUGGCCGAUGCGGCCGAGACCGCGGGCGACCUGAGCAGCAAGGUCAAGAAGCUGGACCUCGAGAAGAACCGGGUCGAGGACACGCUGCGUGUGGUGGAACAGGUGGCGGAGCUCAAGGCCUGCGUCCACGGCGUCGUGGGCUCCAUGGGCGCUCCGCAGGACUGGGAGGCGGCCGCCGGGUACCUGUCCAGGGCGAGCCACGUGCCCGAGGACAUCAUCAAGGGCCCCUUUGCCGCGGGCAUCGUGCCCAGCGUCGAGGUCCCCGACGCGCCGUGGACGACGCUGGAAAACGCAAAGGAGAGCCUCUGCACCCUGUUCCUGCGCGAGUUCGAAAAGGCCGCGGCCGAUGGCGAUGGGACCAAGGUCACGCGGUUUUUCAAACUGUUUCCGCUGAUCGGCCGGACAGAGGUCGGCCUGGACGUGUACGGGCGCUACGUGUGUCAGGGUGUUGCCGGGACGGCCCGGACAACGCUCAAGGACGGCGUGGGCGGCCAGACGCGCAAGGACGGCUUCUUCUACGCCAACGCACUCACGAAGCUAUUCGAGCACAUUGCGCAGAUCGUAGAAGGCCACGGCAGCCUGGUCGAGCGGCACUAUGGCGCGGGCAAGAUGGUUCGCGUCAUUGAGAGGCUCCAGAUGGAAGCGGACGUGCAGGGUGGCAUCAUCUUGGACACUUGGACCGACGAGCGGAAUCUGGAUAGGAAGAUCACCGACGUGAAGAGCUACCCAUUCUCGUUUCUGGUGCAGAGCUUCUUGCCGCCGCAAUCGCGGAGCAACACGCCGCGCCUCAAUUCACCAGCAAUUGGCGGAGGGACCAAUGGACGUGCCAGCGAAGACGAAGGCGUUAACAUGAAGGAAGUGGAUGCGUUAUUGAGUGAGAUUGCGGUCAUGCUUGGCCGUUGGUCGCUAUACACGAGAUUUGUUUCCGGAAAAUGCGUCGAUCCUGGCUCUGAUAAAUCGCCAUUAUCGACCGCGGAUGUGAUUACGAAAUCCAACCUCUACAAAAAGAUUAUGGGAAAGCUCGUGUCACCAUACAAUGUGAUGACGGGCUUUUUCUUUCGACGGUCUGUGGAAAAGUCAUUUCAACUUGACGAAUACCCACCUGGGCUGUCGUUGAAGAUGAACAAGCCCAUCGAGGGCGAAGCGCCAUAUAUUAUCUUGGCCGUAGAUGAUGUCAUGUACAUCAUGAACUCUACGAUUCAAAAAUCCAUCUCAACAUCUCAAAGGGACGUAGCAUCAAAUAUUAUCCCGACGAUUGAGCGAAUCCUGACGGGCGAUUUCAUUGGAAUGGUUCAGCGCAAGAUGCGUGAUGAAACAUAUCCCAAACCUGUGAUCCAAGGCGGAUUCCCGCCAGAGGACAAGAUUGUUCAAUUCAUUGUUCUUAUCAACAGUUUGGAUACGGCGAAUGAGUAUCUUAACAGAAUUAUCGAGGGCCGUAUAUCACACUCCGACGAGAGCCCAGAUGUUGCGGUUCCUGGCGACGGACUGAAGGAGUCCUUCCCUUUUGAAAAGGACGCUGUCAUGGUCGCAAGCCAGCUACGUAAGCUGCAGAAGACGUUUUUGGCGAAAUCUAACGAGUUGCUCGGCGAGGGAAUCAAUGUGCUAUUUGAACGAGUCGUCAAACUCCGCCUGCGACCGGUUCUCGCAGAAACCUUCCGCGACGCCGAUUACACAAUGACAGAGCAAGAGCUCGCUGAUUAUGCGGAGCAAAACGAGGAGGAUGUUGAGCAGGUCAUGGAGAUGGUGGCCGGCAGAUUUGAGCGCGGCUGGGACAUGCUCAUGAAGCCCAUCGGCCGCAUUAUGACGGCAGCCACGUUCAGCGUCCUGUCGGAGGCGACGGCCAAGUACCUGUCCCGGGUUCUGGAGAAGAGGAUCCUGAGCUACUCGGGCAAGACGAGCGAGUACGGCGCGAUCCGUAUUGAGCGCGACUUUUCGGCUAUUGUCGGCGUCGUUGCCAAGGGACACUAUGGCAUCCGGGAGGUGUUUGGGAGGGUGACGCAGCUCAUGAUGGUGGCUAACAUGGAAGACGAGGAGUGGGAGGAGCUGGUUGCCCUCGACGGCGACGAUGGCAUCGAGUGGACGCUGACGGAGGAGGAGAGGAGGAGAGCGCGGGCUCUUGUUCGUCGCACUUGA